AUGGACCGCAACGCGGAUUCUAGCCACUUCAUUUUCAACAGGCUUUCAGAAACCGCCACUCUUCCGAAGCGAUUUUUGUCCACGGAUGCUACUUCUGUGGCCGACUGCGAACACCAGCUGCGACGCCCACGAUCCCUUCAAGCGCUCCAUCUCAAGCCACUGAAGCGUGAGGCUGAAUUUGGGAUUCCUUCGUGCGACCUACAGCUACGUUCGUUCAGCAUUCAGCCACUUGAGUUUUUCGCCGAUUUCGCCCUCCGAGCCGCAUACUACCUUGGCCUACCCUCGUAUGGACCCGUGCCACUCCCACGAAUUACCGAGCGAUGGACUGUUCCGCGCAGUCAUUUUAUCUUUAAGAAAUCACAGGAAAACUUUGAACGUGUUACGUUACGGCGUAUGAUUCAGAUCAAAGAUGGGAAUCCAGAAACUGUGCAAUUGUGGCUGGCCUAUCUAAGGAAGCACCAAUACUAUGGCGUGGGAAUGAAAGCUAACUUUUGGGAAUUCAAUGAGACGGAUGCAGGUCAUUCGCUCAAUCUUUCCGAGAGCCAGGUGCAGGAUCUUAGCUCAUCUUGGGCUCACCUGGGGCAAAUGAAAGACAUUGGUAGGAGAGAUUUGAUGGAGGAUCUGCUCAAUACCCGUCGUGUCCAGGACGCUGCCGGGUUGAGGCAGCCACAGGCGCCGAACAAGUAA